AUGGCAGCAGGUUGCUAUGGGGGAGUUCCCCAACCAUACCAAGGGCCUAGGGGGGGGCUUCAGAGAAGCCCCCAUCAGGCUAUCUCAAGCCGCAUCCAACACGCACUGUUUUUGGGUUCAAAGGGAGACAAUGCCGAUUAUCCUUUGAAGAGCCCGACUAGAAGAGAAAGGGGCUUUAUCUUCAUUGAUUUACCUUUAUCCCCCAUUCAACGGUUGAAAACCAAAAGGCUAGCCUCUAAAGAGGUUGUAGAGUUAUCUACCACUAACUCAGUUAUGAUGGGUGACUUAUGUCACCUAGUAUCUAUUGAUACUAUCCUUCUACCUUCACAUGCGAGCAGCGUGACUCGAACACGCGAAUCAUGCUUGGAAGGCACACGGUUUACCACUAACCUAUGCUCGCUUAUCCAUGUUUCAAUUUGA